AACUGCAUUCACCUACUCUGAAGUACUCACUGAAUUUAUCUUAACGGCUUCUCUCUCUCACUGUAUUUGUCUGUCUCUCUGUCUGUCUGUGUGGCGCACUCUCGUUCUCUCUCUCUCAGAAGACUAUCUCAAUGGCGAUGUUGACCAUUCUUCUGCUUCUCAGCGCUGCCAUUGUUCUGGGCGAGGCCUUUGAUCUACGUGCCGCAAAGGCUGGGGUGGUGGAGGAACAGCAGGAAGCAGAAGCAGCAGAGAGUGAUCGUCCAUGUCCCGGAGGUUGGACCAAAUACAAAUCACGUUGCUUUAUGUUUGUCAACAAUGCAAUGACAUGGCCCCAAGCUGAGAACCACUGUCUGUCCCUUCAAGCAAACCUGGCGUCUAUAAAAAACUAUGGGGAGAACUAUAAUUUACAGCAAUUGGUGUUGAGAAACACCGGCCAAAAUCAACCUACCUGGAUUGGAGGAUGUAAUGCUGUUGAGAACAAACUAUGGUUCUGGAGUGACGGCUCCAAAUUUGAUUACCAGAGCUGGGGGCAAGGAGAGCCCAAUAAUUAUGGUGGCAAUGAGCACUGUCUUCAGAUGAACGCGGGAGGUGACAAAACGUGGAACGAUUUAAACUGUGAAGUGAAAUUGCCCAUGGUGUGCGCACUGAGAACCUGUUAAAUCCAGCAAAACAUCAACUCAACUGAAAAAUACAUGUUUUUCCAGUGUCAGCAUCCUAACUGAACACACAAGUCAAAUACUUUUAAAAUUAUUUGUUUCUGUAAA